AUGCAAAUAAACAGCAAGGUAAAACAAUUUCUUUUGCCUCAGUACGAAGUGAGAUUGCUCAUAGAUCCUUUCUAUGCCGGAAUAAUGAAGCUGCAGAAGGAAAUUCUCAACCCCGGAGGAGUCGAGGUGCGCGCCUUUGCAUCCAGCCUACUUUCAGACGUCGCCUUUGUCGAAGUGGAUGGCAGGCUUUGGGUGGCCGGUUGGAACCAGAAGUGUGCUGUUCUGCACGGUCUCUUCCAUGUCGGUGAUGAGGUUGUAUUAGUCAAUGACUUCCCGGUCAGUACUAUCUCCGAGCUGACCAAGGCACUGAAGUCCAGGCGCUUGGCCUACCGGUUCCGCUGGUCCUCCGAACAAUCUCUGGGUUCUUCACGUGUUCUUUCUGUGGAUCCUACGGAACCGCUGCACAGUAUACGUAUUCGCAGGCUACCCCACGCUCGCGCUCUGAUAGCUUGUCGACAGUACACUGGCCAGGACCUCGGAAUCACCUUCGAAAACGGAACCAAUGUGGAUGCUCCAAACGACGGUGGACAAGCCCCUGUUGGCUGGCGGAUAAAAGUAGCCACCACCGUGGCAUAG